AUGAAAGCAUUUCUGAACAGGUUCAACAGAGGCCUGUCAUCAAAGGACAGGGACAGAGACAAGGACAAGGACAAGGAAAAAGAGAAAGAAAAAGAUCGUGACAAUCUCUCUGUUUUGACCAAGGACCGCAGCGACAACUCCUCUACCAACUCCCACUCACCCCCCAACCGAGAAAAGCGUGAGCUAGUUCAACUUCCACCACUCCCAACCUGGCCUCCUACCAAUGAGAGGCUCUCUAUCGAGCCUGUCGGUAGACCAGCAAUCGACGCCAGUAGUAGACAUGUCGCUUCUCCCAGCUUGAUUCAAAUGCAACGCUCCAGUAGUGCAGGUACAGUCAAUACCAGUGCAGGAACUCCUACUUCAAUUUCAUCGCAUAAACCACUUCCCGACAUCUGUGCUCGCCCUUUACCUCCAAUCGAGGAGCCCCUUGACGACGACAGUGGCGUCGGCCUUACCAUUUCCCCGUCUACACACGACUCGGACCCUGCAAAUCGUCGCAAGGCAAAUGGUAGUACCACAUCAAACGACGUACAGAAAAAGGUAGCCUUCCUCUCACCCCCUCCGACACCCUCGCCUCUUAAUACCCAACUUCCGGAUACAUCGGUACCCAGCCCCUCUCAAAUCGUUCAGACGCCCUCGGGCGCCCCGCUCAAAACCACCGUGUCGCGUUUUCAGGCGACACAUGGCAAAGACACGCGUGGCUCAAUCUCCACAGCCGCCUCAACAUCACGCACUGACCUCGCUGCAAAGUCUACUACCACUACUGCCAUCUCUUCUCCAUCCACGUCUACCACUGUAGCCCCUACUUCAUCAACCAAUCCUGCAAAAGCCACGAGUACACGCACAGCAGUCUCCCCUUACCCAGGUUCAAUGCGCUCCACCACGCCCUAUUCUCAGAUGUCCAAUGCCAGCAGCCGCAUUCUCGCAGUCACCUCAUGGAGCGAGGCUGCAGAAGAAGACCUUGUCAGCAACCUUGGUCCCCGUGAACGCACUCGUCAAGAAGUCCUCUGGGAAAUCGUGGCUUCUGAAGAGCGAUACGUAAAUGACCUCACAAAAAUGAAAGAAUCCUUCAUAGAGCCCCUUCUCCACCCUUACGCCACGCCGCCUCCUGUCAGCCCUACACCGACUCCAUUCAACGAGUACGAUGACUAUGGCAGGGUUGAGUCACCACAGGAAUCGAUCGACGUCUUACCCAUCGCUGCUCGUUUCAUGAGCCCACUUGGCUUCCGUGCUGAUGGAGCCUCUAAGCCUGCGGAUGCAGCUCCAAAACCUGUAGAUGGUCGCAGCCUCGCUACCACGACACCUCAAAUUGAUGAUGAAAGUGAUGAGGAUGCUGGGGACGUAUUAGGCGAGGGGCUGCAAACUAAUCAUGCUAGUCCAAGCCAUACUCGCUCUCCAUAUCAUGGGGGAGGCAGUGGUGGUAGAGCAACGAAAUUACACGAUAUUGUCCCUUUCCCUUCCCGUUCGCACGCAUCCCUUCCCGCACCUCAGCGCAAGCUCGCUACGGCUUCCUCUCAAUCACUGGGAGACAAGGAUAAGGAGCGGGAGCGUAAAGACAGUGCCAAGACCACUCCUCCACAAGGCGCUCGGGUAUUGCGCAAGUUCAAGCGCUCGACCUCACAGGCCAGUAGUCCUCUCCAGAAUGCAGUCCCUCCGCACCUCCUGCCUGAGGAUCUACGCAUAUGCCUUGAAGUUAUUGAAAGCGGCGUGCUUGAUGGACAUGUUAAGCUCAGCGAAGGCCUGUUGAAGCGGUACGAGGAACAAUACCCUCUUGUCCGGUCCCUCGCGGAUGUAUUUGUCUCGAGUUCACAUAUCUUCCAAGGCUACGCAACAUACGUCUUACAUCUUGAACGUGCACUUGAGCAGGUGGAUAACGCUUUGAGUACCGCAAGCGCUGCCAAGAAGCCCAAGAACCAAGAUGCCGCUGAAUGGCUCAAAGUUUGCAAGUCCCUGCAGCGGCUGGAAGAGCUGGCGGCCGAUAAAGGUGAAACCGGGCUUGCUAUCACCCUCUCAAAGCCCUUCCAGCGCCUCCUCAAAUACCCUCUACUCUUCCAAAACCUACUCUUCCACACAGACCCGAGCACGUUUGAGUAUGAGAGUACUCUGCAGAUGGUCGCAGAAGUUGAGACGAUCGUACGCAGCAUCGAGGACGAGAAGAUCCAGAAAGAGGACCGUGACAAGACGCGCGAUGUGUUUGCCCGCAUCGAGGGGCUUGAUAAGGUGAAGCAGCUUGCGAUCCCGAAGCCAUCGAGGUUGCUGCUGGAGGAACGGCAGAUUUUUGGGUCGCUGCACGACUCAGGUCUGUCAAAAGGCUCAGGGUCAAGCCCCCCACCAGUCGUAAACGCCAAGGGCGUAAAGGGCAAGAAUUCAUUCCGCCGGCUGAGUGACGUGCUGGGCACGGGCUCAGGCAUGGGGGGGAAGAAGGACCUCUGGCUUGUGGUAUUUAAUGAUGUCGUCUUACGGUGCCAGCGCACGGGGACGACAUCGUUACCUUUGGUCUCAGGGACGAACUCGAGGGCGACUUCGUUACCAGAGAUGCAGGGAAAGUCAAAGUAUGCCUCGACAGGGCGGAGAAAUUCGCACACGAAGCCCAGGAACAUGUACAAGUUUCUCAAGAUCGAGACUUGGGCGAUUGGAGAUGUCGUCCAACCCAAGGAAGGGGUUGUCUCUAUGGAAGACGUCGUACGUUCCAAAGCAGAAGCACGGUCUGCUGCGCAGCCUAAGAUCGUCCCUCUCCCUGACGAUGAGGAAGAUGGCGAGGGAGAGUCAGACGACUCGGACAAGAAGAGCAAAAUGAGCUUCUCAUACUGGGGUGCAGACAGGAUCACCCUCCAGAAACCUGUUCUCAAGCCCAGGCAACAUGGCGGCGUUGGUUCAACACGUCGUGUAUCUCCAGGCGGCACGUCCUCCUAUAGCAGGGAGUCCUCUGCGAACGCUAAGUUUGGGACUCGUCUAGCUUCGGCCGAUCACCCCCCUCAUUCUACACGCCCCAUGAGCCGGCGAACUCAAACCACACCCAGCACGCGGACACGUGUGAACGCUUCAGAAGACAGCCAUUCUAUGAAGGCUACCGUCACGCGACCCGCUUGGGACAUGAGCACUCGCGGCAAUCCGCAUGCCCCUGGCAUGAAACGAUCACGCCAGACCUCACAAACGAGUGGAGCCGUCCGUGCAACCUCCACCACUACUAAACCGCAAGUCUCACCUGUUGGAUCUGAAGACUCGGGGGUGGGCUUGUACCGUCAAAUAGUGGCGCAAGAUCCAUCACUGGUCACGUAG